AUGGCCGAGAGCGAAGGCAGGACAAAAUUAUUCCAAUGUAUACACUGCGCAUUGGUUCUCGGUGAUGGCGUUGCACCAUUUGGCCAGCCUAUUGCUUUUAGCUGUGUUACUCUGAGUUCUGUGACCGAUAAUCUGGAGAUCACCGCAGAUAGAUUUCAGAGUAAGAAAUCUGAAGAUUACGGCGCAGUGUAUGUUUGGCUAAGAUGUAAUCGCUGCAAGUCAUUAGCGGGGAGGAUGUACAAAGACGUGCCGUACGAAUUGGAGCACAUUAGAAAUACAUUCACACUUGACUUGAGCUCUGGCAACGUCUCUGUUUACCCAAAUAGCCAGAGUGAUUCGGAGCCGUAUGUAGAAGAUAAAACAGUUUCAGAGAUGGCAAAGCUGAAAGGGCUAAUACUGAUGCACAACGAGAAGAUACGUGGACUACAGAAGAAAGUAACAGAGCUCAAAGGACAUAACAGUACGCUUGAAGAUCAAAAUGAGGCAUUCAAGAAGCACAUGAACAAGAUGACGUCAUUACUCGAACAAGACGACGCACGACUACGGUCACUUGAAAAGUCAAUUAAAAAGAUGCAACAAAACUUAUGA